AUGCCAUUGAAAGAACAAUUGGAAAAUAUUUUAGAAAAACGGAAAAAACGUGAUCUUUGUCGUUCUCUAGUAGUUGCGUCACCUUCAUCAAUCGAUUUUUCAUCUAAUGACUUCCUUGGACUUUCAAGAAAUAAAACAUUGAAUGAAAAAUUCUUAAAUACUCUUAUCAAAUUUCCUCACCCUCCACUUGGUUCAACAGGUUCACGACUUUUGGAUGGAAAUUCAUCAUAUGCCGAAUCAUUAGACAAAUUCCUUGCAGAAUUUCAUAACGCUGAAAGUGCAUUGAUGUUUACAUCUGGUUUUGACGCGAAUGUAGGAUUUUUUAGUUGUGUUCCACAGCCUGGUGAUGCCGUUAUUAUAGAUGAAUUUGUACAUGCAAGUGUACAUGAUGGAGUGAGAAAUUCUAGAGCAUCUUUGGUUACAAGUUUCAAACAUAAUGAUGUUGAAAAUCUUAAAGUAGUGUUAGAGAAUGUUAUAAUGAAAAUUGGUGCAAAAAAUAAUAUUUUCGUUGCAGUAGAAAGUUUAUAUUCAAUGGAUGGCGAUUUCUCUCCUUUAAAAGAAAUUGUUGAAGUCUUAAAAUCAUUUAACGCGUAUUUAUACGUUGAUGAAGCUCAUUCGAAUGGUGUGUAUGGUUACCAAGGCAGGGGGAUUGUUUGUGAAUUAGGUUUGGAACGUCACGUGUUUGCGCGACUACAUACUUUCGGCAAAGCAUUGGCUAGCAAUGGAGCGGCUAUUCUUGGUCCGAAAAUAUUAAGGUCAUAUUUAAUCAACUAUGCAAGGCCAUUAAUUUUUUCUACCUUCCUAUCAUAUAACAACCUUAUAUCUAUAAGGUGCUCUUACGAAGUCAUGUCUAGUGAAAUAGGUGAUCAGCUCCGACAAAAUUUAAUGAAAUUAAUAAAUAUAUUCCGCUCAAACAUCAAAAUACCACAUGAUAAUUUGUUACCAUCUACUAGUGCUAUCCAAGGAAUAGUUGUCCCAGGCAACGCAAACGCAGUAAAAUUAAGUCGUAUACUCCAAAAGGCGGGAUACAAUGUAAAACCAAUCCGAUCUCCAACUGUCCCUGUUGGAAAAGAACGUGAAAAAGCAGGUAGCAAAAUGAUGAAAGAUUUUGUUGUCGCAUGUCAGGAUGUCGAAGAAAUUUCUGCUCUAAAAAAAGAAGUAGAAGCGUUCGCUACUAGUUAUCCAAUGCCAG